AUGACAAAGCAACCUCGGUCUGUCCUGGAACGUCCAUUUAAACACCAUAAGUACAUAAUUCUUUCAGGAAUGGAAAAGUAUGUAGUUGAGAACGGGAAAGAAGAAUUUGAAGCCUUGAAGAAAAAAUUUGUUAAGAAAGAAGAUCCUGGAAUAACACUAGAUGAGGAGGAUGGUACAGGAGCUGCAGGGUAAAUUACAUCACUGUUACAUAACGCCGAAGAAUUUGUAUAGACAAUAGCAUGAUUUGUAGUGAUAUGUAUAGGUGGUAAUAGCAUGAUUUGUAGUGAUUUCUAUACUAGGUAAUAGCGUGAUUUUUGGUGAUAUUUGGCAUAAAUACCACGGGCGAUAUUUCGAAAUUGUUAUACGUAAUUUCACUAGCCGUUAGGCGGGUGAUAUUUGAGACAAUUUUGAAUUAUCACAAGCGGUAUUUAUGCCAAAUAUCAUGUACAAAUGGUGCUAUUAUUUGUUUAUACUACUACGUGCAAAAGGUUUGUAAUUUCCACAUGUAGGUUUUUCACAUUAAGCUGAAAUACCACUGCUCUAAGCCAAUCAAAUUGCAGAAAUUUCUUAUGUAGUAGUAUAAUUGGCCUAAAUACCACAAGUGAUAUUUCAAAAUUGUUAUACGUGAAAUUUGAGACAAUUUUGAAAUAUCACGAGUGAUAUUUGUGCUAAAUAUCACCUACAAAUCAUGCUAUUAUUUGUUUACACUAUUAUCCACAAAAGGCUUUGUAAUUUUCAUGAUCACAUGUAGGUAUUUCCAAUUAAGCUGAAAUACUACUGCUCUAAGCCAGUCAAAUUGCAGAAAUUUCUCAUGUAGUAGUAUGAAUAAAAGUAAUAGCACAUUUUGCCUCCACUACGCAACCGAACACACGAAAACAGCACGUGGAAGCAUGGGCGCGUCGGUCAGCCAGGCCCAUAAUAUACUUUAUUAACUCACGUGAAAAAUUCCACUGUUACAGUAAUUCUAAGAACACGCCACAACCGGACACGUAAACCCGAAAAAAACAAUUAUUGGAAAAAUAGGGACCUUGUAACCCGAACCUAUGCUAUGGCGUCGCUUUUGGGGUUAUAAGGCAAAACAAAUAAAAUAAAGCCUAAUAAUAUAAAUACGAGCAGAAAACGAGAUGCUACAUAAAAUAGCUAAGAAACAUAACGACCAGUACGAUGGUAACGAAAUUAAGACUAACAGAAUAAGUGGAAACUAAACUAAAGAAAGCAAGUUGAAGCGGCGAGGCCGACCGUAGGAUGACACGCAUAACUAAACGGUCACUUUAUCAAAUCCCCUAACCGCGAUCCUUCGCACGCUACACUAGAACCCAGUCCUCUGUUCCGAGCCGGCAAAAUAAUAAUUUAUGUCAAUUCUAAUUUACACAAAUUAUAUUAUCUUCCAGUUACAGUUUUAUAUCAAUCAUUUAUACCUAGAAAUACGUAAAUCGCAGGACCUCGCGAAGGACUUGGGGGGAACGGCAAGUAAAGCGGAGAAGAAAAUUUGUCAAUCAAAAAUUGUGAGCUAUAUACAGAAACAUAACAAAACUGUUAUACCUAAAAUGAAAACUAAAUGAAAAGAAAAAGAAAAAAAAGAAGAAAAGAAAAGAAGUGAAGAGAAAAAGGUACUGCCCAGAUUCGCACUCGGGCCCUUCGGUGCACCGGGCGAAAGUUUUACCACUAGACCACGUGGAACACACACGCGGGAUUUUUAUUAUUAAAACCUUCGAGCCUUGUGAAACAUGAGUUCAAAGAUAUUUUUCAGAAGAAUGACUGCAGUUUGGACAGUGAAAACGCAACGUAAAUGCAUUUCAUCGCAUUUACAUGUAGAGAAUGGAAGCCCAACAGUCUAGGACGAUACGGUACAAACUCGUCUGCGAGCAAAACGUGUUUUGUUACCGCGAUGUUCGCUCAUAUGUUUGUAAGGCUAAUUAUCCAAAAUCGCUUCCAUUAGCUCUUAAAGAACUUUAGCAUUUGAAAUUCAUUGAGUGAUGUUCUCUCUGCUCCGCUUUUUGUUGCUACCAUCUCCAUCCAUCUUUGUUGCUUGCGCCGUUGAAUUUCAAGUCGGCGUUCUUCGCUCCAGAGGAUUUUUCGGUGUCAAAUCUUCCCCUCGCUCCUAACUGUUAAGCCGCAAGAACACAAUGCUGUUCUGUUUGCAUGAGAAAUGGCUUGAGAUUCACCGAUAGUAAACAUUGUUUUGCAGACGACGAAAACACAGCUCUUCAUGAGUGCUUUGGUCAUUGAUGGGAAUUUGAAAUUGCUUUCAGUCGAAUGUUGCCUAGAAACAAAAAUGCGCCGUGACGUCAACUACUGUAUGACGUCAUGGCGGACACCAUCCGAUAUAUACAAGUAAAGAUGAAAGCUGCGACUUUGCAGCUCGCUAGGACCCACGCACGGUUCACACACUGCGCGCGCGCUUCGCGCGCGACGAGAUUAUAAACUCACUUCGCUCGGCGCUCCGCGCCUCGCUUCGCGAGGAACAAGAAAUAAAAAUGGGAGUGAGAGAGAAUCUUAGGGUGUUGGACGGGAUAUGUGAAUUUUACCAAUUAAGUUAUUUUUAGAGGUUGUAAUUAAACGGAAGUUGAAUUCCUGAGACGUCCGCACAUUUUAAUCGAUGGCUUGAAACGUCGUUCAGUGCCUCAAAGAAAACAAUGCCUAAUAUUUUAAUGGCGACUUUUGAAUUCUCUCUUGAUAACACUGAAUAAACGUUUGAGGUUCUCACCGGUAAACCAACUUCCGAUUGGUUUCAAGCGUUUGUUUGGCCUAAAAACACUUCUUUGUGUGAAAUUUACAAAUCCCAAGGGCUACACUAGGCUUUUUUCCCUGUCUGUUCCAUUAUUGUUUUUGUUUUUGUUUUUUUUUUAUAUAUAUAACGAUUUUCUAUCAGGUCAACGCCCUCAAUGGCUUUCAAAAUUUCAAAUUGUUAUUAAGUAAGAAGCCGACUAGUAAAGACUAAAUUUUAUAACUCGGUGACAUCUAAAAAAAAAUGCAACUACACUAGUUACUACAGCUAGUAGGUUUGGAGAGGUUUAUUUUUAUUAUUUAUUGCUAUUUUUUUACUUUAAAUUACGCUUAAUUCUUUAUAAUCAUCAUAAGAAAGAGUUACCCCGAUGUAAACGUGUCAAAAAAUUCCCUGUACUUGUUAGGCAGUUUCAGAAUUGGCGUCUAAAUGGGAUUAUUUUGUGUUUCUUAUUAUAUUCAGAACGGUAGAAAUGGAAACCCAGGCUGCUGAUUGCGUCAAUGCAGGGAUUAGAAUGAAAAAAGAUCUGGGAUUCUUACACCUAGGAAAAGUUGAUCAGGAGUACAUACAGGACCCGGACUUACGUGAAAUAUUGGAAAAAACAGUCCUGGAUAGUAAUAAAACAGGAGAGUUUGAAGACCAACAACUGCGUUUGAUAACCUCAGUAAUUUACAGCCAAUGCUUUGAACUUAAAGGCAAUAGAAAGAAAGAGGUAUUUUAACUUCUGAUAACUACAGUAUAUGGUCCUUGGUCCGGCCGGUUUUACUUUGUGAUGUAAUUUUCGGGAAGAAAAUAAGUUUACAAUACAAACGAAACUUUCUCAGUUUAUAUUGGUCUGUUAACCUUCUUAAGGUGGCUCGACUGGAUUUUUUUGGGAGGAUAUCUCCCAAGUUUGAGCAUUAACUACGUCGCCAUGAGUAAAGAUAUGGGUAAAAGAUUACCACAACUGUAUUAUAUAAAGAUGAAAAAUUCUUAUGAUCUGGGUUUUAUUGCAAUCGGAGUCACCAUGGCAACGUAACAACGCCAUUACGUUUUUUAUUUAUCUUUGUGUUUCUCUGUACCUGGAGUUUUUUAAGAAAUUGCUUUAGGGAGUUUGUACCUGCCAUAAUUGCCUCAAUUAUGUCAAAGUUUGAACAAAUUCUAUGAGAGCGUUUUCGAAAUAUUUUCAAACGAAGAUUUAAGCAUCAUAAAAACAGUGAAAUAGCAUGCUAUCCACACAAUUAGCUAGUUUUUUAAGAAAAUGAUGAGCUUUGGAAACGCGGCUUCAUCUUAUGGUGGUUUGAUUCCAACUUCGUACAAGAAAAGAGGGGAAUUGCUCCGGGCGAUCGCGAGUAAGAAGAAUUUUAUUAACUUGCAUUGAGCUGCUUUUGUUGUGGUUUUUGCACGUAAUUUGGUCCAUGCCUACAAAUUUCGCAUUUUUCAAAAAACCGCUCAAUAAAUUUUUUUAUAAAUUUGACAAUUCCGAGAUCAAUUGCCAGUAAAUAUACCCUGCAAGUUUCAAGGACAUUGAAAACAGAGAAACAGAGAAGGCUUUUAAAUAGGGCCUCAAAUGAAACCAAUUUUACCCCCAGGUUUUGUGUUUACAAGUAAGCGUCCUCAUUAUUCACUGGCAUUGUUUCCAAGUUUCAUAUGCACGUGCACAUUUAGCAAAAAAAUAGAAUUUGCAUCAAAAAGGACCCUCGGUUAAAUCUCCCGAAUAUGCUAAUAACCGGGUAAAGAAAUCAGCGAUAUAUUAUAACAUCACAGCAACUCUUUGUAAGAGUUUGUGAUAUUAUAACCCGAAUAAGAUAACUAAGUAUUGGAUCCUACACGUUGAGCCGUGACGUUCACCGUCUCGGCUCUCACUGCUAUCUGUGACACAAGCCAAUUAUUAGCAUAUUCCUUUUUUGUUCUGUUGUUUGUGUCUUUUUUAUGGCGCCUUAAAUUACUUGGAUAUAUUUUGAAUUCACGCAUAUGCGAUUAAGUGUGUUAUGAAAGUUAAUUUUUGGUGUACACGGCAUAAAAGAACUGUUCUUUCGACUUGCAUAAAAAUUUGGUUGACAGAUUGAAAUUUAAAACCAAAGUUGUAGAUAAUAUUCCAAAGUAAGUUUUGCGGAGUAGGUCCUUUGGUCUGGUCACCGGAUGAUAACGUAACCUAGCCAAAUAGUGAUUGAAUAGGGAAAGCCUCAGAAAGUUCAAUUUUCGUUUCGUUUAGUUCUUAGUAAAUGAGGAUUCAUGAACUGAAGUAAGGAUCUUUCAACUUUGAGUCACAUUUUAAGUAAAGCACUUUCAAUGAGUGUUAAAUGUAUUGUUCGAGACUUUCUCAGUAGCACUGCACUUUAUUUAUUACGUAAUGACAUAGAAGGCCAUAAAAAGGAAGCUUAUAUCCGUCCAAUCUGUUUCAUUAGGGAGCUUUAGCAAAGUCAAAAACUUCAAGCAAUGGGUAGUUUUAGGUUUUUUAUCUUUUUCUGCUUAUUAAAAUAAGCAAAACAUUACUCCGCACGGACUGCACGAUCAUGAUGACGCAUGCUUUUCGGUCGGAUUUCUUUGACGUUGCUGCACGACUAAAAGACGAUUCGCAAAGACGAUUUUUAGCGCAACACAGCGUUGCAACAUUGUUGCGACAUGGUUUCGAAUAGUUACAAUAUUGUUCCAACAUUGCAACGCUGUGUUGCGCUAAAAAUCGUGUUUGCAAAUCGUCCCGAGUAACAUCACCUUAAGACAUAAAAUUUCCUGUGCCCGGUUCCUCGAAAGAUGAUUAACUUUAACCCAGGAUUAAGCCAAAUUGUAAGCAAGGUUUUCUUGUCUAAGAACAUGUAACUCGAGCUAACAAAAUACUGUUGUGCCUUUACGUAAAAAAAAAAGAAAGAAAUGAUAACACAAAAUGUUACAAUAGGCAAUGUAUAGGAAGGUAAAUACAAAAAUUGGAACAAAAUCUUAAUCCUGGAUUAGCGCUAAUCGGCCUUUCAGGAACCGGGCCCUGAUGGGAAGUUUUUUGGGGGUCGUAAACAAGCGACGAAAAAUGUUUUUCCUCUCUAAACUUUGAUUGAAUUCAUUUAAUAUAGUGGCGAUUUCGCUUCCGUCGCAUCGUUACUGCCCGACACACAUUCCUCACAGAAGUGAAUAAUUCUUCAUGAGACCAAAACUAUAGCUCUUUACACAGAAAUCUCAUUUUGGUUUCGAAGUUAAAAUGAUGCCUACAGAAAAUAGACAGGAAUUUAGAUCAGCUGGUGCUUACGCUCCUUUUUGCCCAUUGUUUGCAUGAUGGCUUACAAAGUGGCCAAAGUGGCCGGACCAAGGAACCACUGGCUGAACCAGGGGCCUUCCAACGGAGUGAUCAUUUUCUAUGACGCAGCAUUUUCGGCAAAGCUGAGAAGCUGUCGGUUUGUCACAAGUUAGUAAAAUGUAAAGGAAACUUACAGGACAAAUUUCAGCUCACUACUCCUCUUCUAAGAUAAGAAUAAUCAUUUACGUCCUUUUCGUCCAGACCAAGGACCAUGAUUCCUUUAUGAUUCAAAGUAAUAAAUAAAAGAAUAAAAAGGAUAUUGCUAAGCAUCUAUAGCAACCAAAUGAAACGUAAGAUCUACUUUAAAGCAAUGUAAAGGCUAUUGAAAAAAUAAUUGUUCAGUUAAUCGUGUUAUCUUACAAGGUGGAAGUGGACGGAGGAUUCAACCUUUUGACCCUCUUUGCUCAGUUGAAGGGAACCAUCAGGAUGACAGACAUUCCUCCAAAUAUAGCACCAAGAAAGAAUAAUCGAGGACCAUUCCUGUUCCAGUGUUGCCGUGUUGUCUUUAACAAAGAGACAAACCGAUUGGAACUCUCCAAGGGAGAGGUUGUUGGUAAAACUGUAACAUGUAAAGAAGACCAAGAGGAGGCCGAGUACGAAAACACCGCAGUCAGCUUGGUGGAGGACGAGGAGAGUAAUUUAACUGGUUAG